AUGGAUUUAUGCAGAUGCAAAGCAACAAUGCUAUCAAAUGGACAAGAAUUCCAGAAAGGGGCAAAGGACAUUCAAUCAAAGGUUUCAGAGAAGUGCAUAUCUCUAUGGUAUUGGCUGGAACUCCCUUACAGCCAGAGUGGAAUCCAAAUAGAACAGAGAGGCAAAGAACUUAGGAUUACUGCUAAAAUGAUGUUGUCUCUAAUAUGGGAAGAUGAUUCAAGCUUACAUCUCAUACUCAACAAGAAAUACAUGGGACAAACUUGCGGUCUCUGUGCCGAUUAUGAUGGAGACCAAAAUAAUGAUUUGGUUUACAAAGACAGCCUUCUACAACCUAUUGAGUAUGGAACUUUGCACAAAUUAAGAAAGCCAGAACAAAAUUGUGUGGACCCUAAACCAGAGUCUAAAGAGCGAUGCUUCGUAUUUAGAGCUCUUUGCCUCAAUCUAUUGACAAAUUACAAGUGGAAAAGAUGUAAUCGACUGGUGGAUCCAGACCCUUAUGUUGAGGCCUAUAUGCAUGACAUGUGUAUUUGCAAUUCAUCUGUGAAGUACAGCUCCUUUUGUCUGUGUAGCACUAUUGCAGAGUACUCUCGACAGUGUGCAAUUGCUGGAGGAAAACCGCCAGACUGGAGAAGUCCUGAAAUGUGCUACUUACAAUGCCCUUAUAAUCUUGUCUAUAAAGAAUGCAGUUCUCCUUGUGCUCCUACAUGUUCAAACCCAGGAAGACAGUUUUUUUGCGAUGGGACAUGUGUGGCUGGUUGUGUCUGCCCAACAGGACUGGUUUUAGAUGAUAUUACAAAUUCUGGAUGUGUCCCAUUAAAAAACUGUUCUUGCAUCUUCAACAAUGAUGUUUACCCGCCAGGAUCCUAUUACCAUGCGCCCUGUUCUACAUGUUUGUGUACUGGAAGCCACUGGACCUGUGAAAAUCUCCCUUGCCCAAGCUCUUGUUCUGUUGAAGGAGGAUCCCACAUAACUACAUUUGAUAAAGCCCGAUAUACAUUCAAUGGAAAAUGUAUCUAUAUGCUUGCAAAGUCUUGUGCAGAUAAUGCUUUCCUGGUGAAUAUAGAAAUGCAGAAAUGUGCAUAUGCAGAAACUGCAACUUGCUUAAAAAGGGUAUUUUUGUUCCUUGAUCGGGGGAAAGCUAUAUUUGAAAUUAAGUACGACAAAAGUGAUUUUCCCCAUGUAGAAUUUGAUGAGAAAGAAAUGGCUGAAGCUGGUGUUCAGAUAUUUUGGCCUUCCUCAUUCUACAUGAUCGUGCAAACCAACAAAGGCCUCUAUUUGCAGGUGCAGCUAACUCCCAUCAUGCAACUAUAUGUCAUUCUAGACCCAUCUUACAAGAAAAAAACAUGUGGUCUCUGUGGAAACUUUAAUGACAUUCAGAAAGAUGAUUUUCGGUCGAGUAGUGGAGCUGUUGAGGCUAAUGUUGUAGAUUUUGCCAACACAUGGAAAGCUCAAUAUUCCUGUACAAAUGUGAAACCUGUCCCAGAACACCCAUGCAGCUAUGGCAUGGAAAUAGUGUGCACUCCUCCAAUGGUCUACUUUGACUGUGAAAAGGAUGGGGACAAGGGAUCAGAAUGCCCAAACACUUGUCAUACAUUAAAUGCCCAGUGUGGAAACAAACUUAUUCUCUCAGAUGGAAACUGGGAGGUGGAGCAGACCUUCAGUGAAAUUGACAUAGCAUACAAAGUCCGGAACAUGGGCCUGUUUCUGGUGGUUGAAACUACAAAUGGGCUUGUUAUAAAAUGGGACAGGAUGACAAGUAUCUACAUUUAUUUGAGCAUCAGUUUCAAGGGGAAGGUCUGUGGUCUUUGCGGUAAUUUUGAUGGCAAUAUAAACAAUGACUUCACUACUAGAAGUAAAUGUGUGGUUGAAGAUGCAACAGAGUUUAGAGAUAGUUGGAAAGUGUCACCAACCUGCCCAGAGGUCUAUAUAUCCAAAGAUCCAUGUUCAAUCAAUCCACAUCGGGUAUCUUGGGCACAGAAACUUUGCAUGGUUAUCAACAGCGAUGUGUUCUCUAAAUGUCAUUCUGAGGUGGACCCUGAGAAAUAUUAUGAGGCCUGUAUUAGAGAUACUUGUGCAUGUGACAUUGGUGGAGACUGCAAUUGCUACUGCACAGCAAUAGCAGCUUAUGCCCAAGCCUGCAGUGAAGCUUGUGUAUGUGUAGACUGGAGAACACCUACCCUUUGUCCCCUGUUCUGUGACUUCUACAACAAAGAAGGACAGUGUGAAUGGAGCUACAUGCCGUGUGGCGCACCAUGUAUGAAGACUUGCAGGAACCCCUCAGGAACUUGUGUGCAUCACCUUAAAGGUUUGGAGGGCUGCUAUCCCAAGUGUCCAGAGAAUAAACCCUUUUUUAAUGAAGAUGAAAUGCUAUGUGUUGCUAAUUGCGGUUGCUUAGACACUGAUGACAAUUAUUACAAGCUUGGAGAGAAAGUUGAAUCCUGCAACAUAUGUGAAAGCUGGUAUAGUUUUCAGUCAGUCAUUUUAAUCUAA